AUGGAUAACACUCCCAUACAUCAUCCAGUCCCGGCUUUGAUAGCCUUUUUGGUCAUCUUAUAUCGGAUCUGUCUGAUCAUCUACAGGACAAAAUUCCACCCUCUUUCACGCUUCCCAGGCCCAGUGUUAGCUGCAUCCACCUCCUUGUACUCUCAUUAUUUCAAUUUUAUCCGAGGCGGGAACUUUAUCAGACAGCUUGAGUAUCUGCAUGACACGUACGGCCCGAUAGUGAGAACGCACCCAAAUGAGCUUCACAUCCGCGACAUAGAGGCUUUUGACACCGUCUUCAAAGUUGGAAGUCGCUUUGAAAAGGAUCCUAGAUUUUAUGGCUUUCCCUUCGAGGGCUCUCAUUUUAACAUGGUGACAUUAAAGCAGGCGAAACCUAGGCGUGACCUACUCCAACCUCAACUGUCAAGAAGAGCCAUUAAUAGGGCCCAAAACAUACUCGAGAUGUCAGUCUGGAAAUUUAUCGAUCUUCUUGAAUGCCGCAGAGCCAAAGGCCAGACUAUUGAUUUGUCUCUGGCUUACCGUUGUGUUACAGCUGAUAUGUUCCUUGGGUACGCAUUCAACAGGCCACUUGAAGCCCUUAACUGCCCGGACUUCAAAUAUUCCCCAGCAAUGCACAUGGAUGCGGCACUAGUUGCAUCAUUUCUGGCGAAAAAUUUUCGGUUUUCCUUCACACUAUUAUGGAAGGUGGAUUGCAAAAAGAUGAUUUUAGAUCUUAGGAAGCGGAAAGAAAAUGAUGAGAUAAUGCAUCCGACAAUGCUAGAUACAUUGAUCGAUCCCGCUGAAAAACAGUUGGGACCUUCGCUUUCGAUUAGCACACUUACUGCAGAAGCUAUUGUGCUCUUAUUUGCUGGGGCAGAGGCUACUUCCCUAACCCUUAUACUCGGCACAUUUCAUAUUUCGAAAGAUCGCAAUAUGCUUACGAAGCUUCAAGACGAGCUUUCGAAGGUGAUGAUCGAUAAACGGACACUCCCUUCCCUGGACAUUCUGCGGGGACUGCCGUACCUUACUGGCGUUAUUAAAGAGGCGUUACGAUUUUCUCAUGGCGCUCCAGGAAAGUUGCCACGGAUUACACCUGAUGAAGGAGCAACGCUUUGUGGACAAUGGAUUCCACCAAAGACACCCGUAUCACUCAGUCAUUGGGUGUACCACUAUGACUCGAGAGUCUUUUCAGAUCCAGGGGCAUUUAAUCCAGAACGAUGGAUUAAUGAUCAAAAUGGGGACUUGGAUAGACAUUUAUUAUCCUUCUCUAAAGGUUCUCGCUCUUGCAUUGGUAUCAAUCUCGCUUAUGCCGAACUUUAUUUGUUGUUUGCUUCGUUUUUUAGAAACUAUCGGCCCACUCUCAAUGGAACGAAUGAUCAAGACAUGGAAGUUCGUGAUUACUAUGCUCCGAUGUGCAAAGGCCAUCUACGAAUAGUCAUAGAUGAAUAG